UCACAGUAAUGCCAAACUCUCUCUGAGUGGGAUGAGCAGAGCAGAUGCUGCAAUGAGAUGCCAAAGCGGCUCCCCUUCCUCUGUGCCUUGGGUGCCUAUAAAUUGCUCCGGCGCGCGUUUGUCAGCCUCCUCUUCUCCUGGCAGGUGGUACCCAGGCAGAAUUCUGCGUUCAGUCUCACUCUCGCUCCGUUCCUGGCUGUGAGGCGCUCGCUACUGCUCGCUAGCUCGUCUGCCCCAGCUCAGAGCUUCGCCGAGGCUAUUGUGGCUGUGGCUGCCGCUCCGCACACCUCCGGGGCUACUCAACUGAGCUCGCGGACAGCGAGGCUCCUUGGGGUGCGCCUCUAUUAGAGUUGUGGUGGUUGCAAAGAAAAAAAAAAAAGGCAGAGGAAGGGCGAACAGAGCGAGCGAAAGAGGUGGAGAAGGAGGCAGAAAAAGGCAACUUCAGACGGAAAGUUAGUGUGAACUGGCGCAGUCUGCAAAAACGGAAAAGUCGAUCGCUGGCAGCGGCGGCAUAAAAGUGUGAGCGGUCCGGGUGAGCGCGCGAGAGGCGGCAGCUGGCUCUGCCCUUCGGGUGGCCGCGCCAGCCGCGGCGGCAGCCACAGGUGCGAAGGGGUUCGCAGGAGGCGAGAGGGCGCCCUAACACCCCUCCCCCAGCCCCCCCGCCCCAGCUUGGGACUUCAUCUCAAGUCACUUCGCGCCGGAGCUCCCUCCCCAGCCGCAGCCUCAGCGGGGGGAGCAAGAGCAGAAGAGGAGCGGCCGGUGCGCUACCGCCCAGGGGAGUUGGGGUUCGCAGGGGGUUGUUUUCGGCUCUGAAGAGGUCCCCGCCCAACCUUCAAAAUUUUGUCCAAAAGCAGACAAGAGGAUCGCCCCGCGCUGAGCCGGCUGGUGGGCAGCAGGAGGCGCCUGAUCGCCGCCGGGGCGCUGGGGGUGGUGAUGGUGCUGCUGUUGGUCAUCCUCAUCCCGGUGCUGGUGAGCUCCGCCGGCACGUCGGCGCACUACGAGAUGCUGGGCACCUGCCGCAUGGUCUGCGACCCCUACGGGGGCACCAAGGCACCCAGCACGGCCGCCACGCCCGACCGCGGCCUCAUGCAGUCCCUGCCCACCUUCAUCCAGGGGCCCAAAGGUGAGGCGGGUCGGCCUGGAAAGGCCGGCCCGCGUGGGCCUCCUGGAGAGCCUGGGCCUCCGGGCCCCGUGGGGCCACCGGGUGAGAAGGGCGAGCCAGGCCGCCAAGGCCUGCCGGGCCCGCCCGGGGCGCCUGGCCUGAACGCGGCCGGGGCUAUCAGCGCUGCCACCUACAGCACGGUGCCUAAGAUCGCCUUCUACGCCGGCCUCAAGCGGCAGCACGAGGGCUACGAGGUGCUGAAGUUCGACGACGUGGUCACCAAUCUCGGCAACCACUACGACCCCACCACGGGCAAGUUCACCUGCUCCAUCCCCGGCAUCUACUUCUUCACCUACCACGUCCUGAUGCGCGGAGGGGACGGCACCAGCAUGUGGGCUGAUCUCUGCAAAAACAACCAGGUGCGGGCUAGUGCAAUUGCCCAAGAUGCUGAUCAGAAUUACGACUAUGCCAGUAACAGUGUGGUGCUUCAUUUGGAGCCAGGAGAUGAAGUCUAUAUCAAAUUAGAUGGCGGGAAAGCUCAUGGAGGAAACAACAACAAAUACAGCACAUUUUCUGGAUUUAUUAUUUAUGCUGACUGAUAAUGCGGAAACUAAGCUUAUAAUUCAGAGCUUGAACACUGGAUUCGUAUGGCUAACGUCAGUGAAUCAAGGAUCCCAGGAGAUGCCAAUUGUGGGCACCUCAGUUGUGUGUAUGUGGGGAGAUCAAAUGCUACCUGACUCACAUCUGUGUCACUCAGAAAAACAUUAUGUAAAAAAAAAAAAAAAAAUUAAAAAUUAAGAGCAAGAUAAGCAGAUGUGUGAUCCACUACCGCCAAAGCAAAUACUUCUUAUUGUUAGUGUCCAUGUGAAUGAAGUCCUAUAUAGAUCACGAAUUUUUAUAGAAAAAUCUAAGACACUGAAUUAUUUCUUCAAUAUAUAUGAUACUUUGUGUACUGUGAUCUUGCUGCUUUUAUCCAUAUGUCAGCUUUGGUUCUUGUGAGUUUACCUGCUAAUUAUGAUACUUGGAAUCCAUUCAUAGUGUGGGGAAGAAUGAUUUUACCCUGCAGGAGAAGAAAAGAUUGAAACAAUGCUGCUUGUCCCCAAAGAAAUUGUUUGCCUUGUACUUUUGUCAACUUUAGAGCUAGACUUGGGAAUGAUUCAACUUCAAGCCUUAACCUGGAAUUUUCUGGAUUUGAGGGAAUUCCCAAACUUAUGGUAAUUUUCACAUUUUCUUUGUCUUAAUGAAUUUUCUUUUCUCUCUUUUCUGGUAUAGUCUUUAAAGAUAGAGAUUGAAAUUUUAGCAUAGGAUUACCUUCAAAGUGUGAAAAUGUAUAAUUAUGUAUGGUAUUUAGAAUAUCCCCUAUGUCUCCUUUUUGUCAAUAGGGUACAUUUAGAUUC